AAUCCGCACACUGAAAUUGCUACUUUUCCUUUGGGGUGGUAAGUGUUUUAUAGAUUAUUUUUCUUUUUGUAGAAAACCAGAGUGGUGGGCUAGAGGUUUUGAAGUUUGAUGGUUGUUGAACGAUCAAUCGAGAAAGAUUCAGAGAAACCAGACCCACUUGGACCUCUUUGACUCUUUCCUUUCACAUAUAUAUAUAUAAGUAGAAAAGCACGGAACAGAAGUGAAUUAAAGAGAGAUGAUAUUGGUGGCAAUGUUAGCGGAGCUAUUGGAAGAGUACACGGCGUUGCUGGCGAGGGUGCUGGAGCAUAUUGUGCAAGACGCUCCUUUCCCAAGGAGGGUUCGUUUUCUCAUUAGGCGUAGCCUUCCUUUUGCUUCUCAUCCUCCUCUGCUUCGUGUCCCUGCAACCUAAACCCUAAACUAAACCCCCAUCCCUUUACAACCCUCUUGUCCUCUUCUUCUUCUUCUUAGUGUAACUUUUGUAUUUGUAGAGGCUUGCAUUUGUUUCUUUAAUUUGGGUGUAAAUUCUUUCUGUUGAAUAAAUCCAAUCAAGUCAAUUUUACUUUGUGAUGAAA